AAAAACUUGGCUGCACUCUUUUUUAUUUUGUUAAUAUUUUUAUGAAACCGGCGCUAUUUUAAAUAAUUGAAUUGUAAAUAAUUAACAGAAUAUGUUACAAAGAAAAGUAAUUUAUGUGCAUAAUGCGAAUUUAAUACAACAGGCUGACAAGAACCCUGCCGUACGGGGUAGGGCUUCAUUAACGCACGUACUUAUUGCCUCUUAUGGACUACUCAAACAUACACGGCUGGAGCCGAAAAUUUGUAAAUACACAGAUUUACGACUGUUUCACAACAGUGAUUAUGUGGCACAGUUAUCAAAAAAAGUCGCACAUAGUAAACCAAAGACCACAGCAAAAACUAUACUAAAUGACACCAUAGAAGCAGAGUAUGAUUUAAGUAGUGAUGAUGAUGACAAAGAUUGUGCGUUGGACACCACACAUACACAUAUCGAGUAUGGUUUGGGCUUCGAUUGUCCCAGUUGGCGUGGCAUGUGGGAAUAUGCUUGCACCGUUGCGGGUGGCACAAUGAGCGCUUGUGCUGCAUUAUGCAAAUAUGGUAGCACAAACAACGGUGAACAAACUAUAAUUAUUAAUUGGACGGGUGGUUGGCAUCAUGCGCAGCGUGAACGUGCCGCCGGCUAUUGCUACGUGAAUGAUAUCGUUUUAGGUAUCUUAGUGUUGCGCAGGCAUUUCAAACGUGUGCUCUAUAUAGAUUUGGAUGCACAUCAUGGUGAUGGUGUGCAGCAAGCGUUCGAAGUAACCAAACGUGUUUUUACGUUUUCUUUGCAUCGUUAUGAAUGCGGUUACUACCCAGGCACAGGUGGUACAGAUGAUUGUGGCUUUGGUGAUGGUAAAGGUUAUGCAGCAAAUUUCCCAUAUUGUAGUGGUAUAGGCGGUAAAAACUACUGCAAAUAUUUUAAACGUGUGUUGACAAAAAUAUUGCAGUCAUACAAACCUGAGGUAUGUGUAAUACAGUGUGGCGCCGACGCCGUAGUUGGUGAUCCACUUGGUGGUACAAAUUUAACGCCAGCAGACUUGAUUGAAUGCGUGGAAUUUGUAUUAACCAGUAGCUUGCCAACAGUGCUUUUGGGUGGUGGCGGAUAUAAUUUUACAAAUGCUAGUCGUUUGUGGACACAGCUGACCGCAAGCUGCUGCGCCGUACAACUGUCAGAAGAUAUACCUGCUGAUAAUAGUGAUUUUCUAAAAUAUGGUCCAGAUUAUAGUGUGCAUGUUAAGGCUUCCAACUUCAUGAAAGACAACAAUAGCGCAGAGUACUUGGAAAUGUGUGCAAAUACUAUUGAAGAUAAUCUCGGGAAGUAUAAUGUAAACGCUGUAUGAAACUGAGAGGCCUGCCUUGCUGGAUUUUGAAAUUUUUGUCAACUGUUUACAUUUGACUAUCUGCUUUUACAAAUAGCAGAAAUUUUAAUUUAUUUUUGUAUUUAUUAAGUCUUACUUAUAAACUAAUUAUUAAUGAA